CCUAUGUAACCUCAUGACAAUCAAUUCAGCCUAAUCUCAAUCACGAAGAAUUUCGAUCGAACAGGAAGAAUCAGAAGAAGCUUCCAUGUGAUCUCCCAACCCCAGUUCAGCCUCUUUGUUAUAUUCUCUCAUCAAUCGUCAAAACCCUUAUUCAAUUCAGUUCCUUUUUGAGUUUUCAAUCAAGUUAGACUGCGUUUGCAUCUGGGUAGUCAUUUGUUUUUGGAAUAAAGUUGUUUUUCCCAUCUGGGUAUAAUCCAAUCCAAUCAAAUUCGCGUUCUUUAGUGAAUAUGAGGAAGAGGGAGAGGGAAAAUCCAUGUGGGGUUUGUGGGCACUAUCACAAGUACGAGGAAGGAGAAGUUUGUGGGAUUUGCGGCCACCGGGCUCCGGCUCCCUCGGAGAAAUCGUCUCUCCAGGUUAGCGCUUUCCCCUCGGAGAUCUUGCAGGACUUCCUUUAUUUGGGGAGCUACGAUAACGCCUCUCGCUCCGAGCUUCUUAAAACACAGGGGAUUUCUCGUGUGCUUAAUACUGUACCUGCUUGUCAAAAUCUCUACAAGAACUCAUUUACCUAUCACUGCCUGCAAGAUGACAAAACUUUACAAUUUGAUGAUGCAAUUCAAUUUUUAGAGCAAUGUGAGAGGGAUAAGGCUCGUGUCCUUGUGCAUUGCAUGUCAGGGAAAAACAGGUCACCAGCUAUUGUAAUGGCCUACUUGAUGAAGUCAAAAAGAUGGAGGCUUCUGCAGAGUUAUCAGUGGGUCAAAGAACGAAGAUCGUCUGUUGAAUUAAGUCCAGCUGUUUACCAGCAGUUGCAGGAGUAUGAGGAAAAGAUCUUCGGCUCAGUUGAUGGUAGCAAUCCUGCUCUGCCUGUCUUCCCACCUGUAGGAGUUCCAUCGUUCAGCUUCGGCCUCCCCAAGGUUAAUGAUCCAGUUCCAGCUCCUGUCCCUGCUUUCAAUAAUCUUGGUGCUACGUCUAUUUUUGCUCGGCCCACUUUAGAUGUUCCACCACAUGAGUUCACAUUUGGAGCUGGCCAGACCCAGAAGAAUAUUUCUGAAAGCUUAACAAACCCUAAUGGCAGUGAUACUCCAAUGGAUGGCACUUGAAUCCCUCAUGUUCUCUUUUGCGAGAUCAACCAUGUUGCCUGAACAGAAAUGUCUAGACUUUGAUGAUGUUUUAUCCUAAGUUUGGUUGUAAAGCGGGGGUAAAAGCUUAUGUUUCUUCACCUUAGGAUUUGGACUAGUACAUUCGUUUUGUGAGCCUUGGUAGAGUCUUAAUGUUCAUGAAGUGCAUACAUCUGGUUCAUGCCUUAAUUAUACAAGAUAUAAUCCCAGUAAAAUUGUUUUUCACGA